GACAGUUUGGACACUGGUGAACGCGCAUCCCAUCCGUCGCAAUGGGAUACUGUGGAGCACGUGCUGUGAUUUGGGGGACUAUAGAGAAAACGGACACAUCUAGCAUUCUGUUUUCGUCUCAGCAACCAGUAACAGAUAAACUUGAUACAGCUGCUGCAUCGAUUGAUUGACACCUUCCGUUACUGGACCAAUUCGUUUUUGAUAGAGCGUUCUUCACAAGUUAAAAGCUAAGCAGGGGGUCACGAAAUUACCGAGUUUUGUAAAUCUGUCUGAUGCAAAGUGAGAAUUACAGUCAUUUGCUUGUAUCAUUUUCAAUAUCGCUCAACAACGUGUCAGAUUCGAACGUUUUGUAAGACAUUUUGGUAAUUUUGAGAUCAAUGGAAUAGUUUUAGGAUGGUGGUAAGAAAAGGCGUUCUUCUUUCGUAACAUCAAUCGAUGGUUCGCUGACAUUCCCCUUGUAAUCAGCCUGUUGCUUAUGGAAUAUUUAUCGAUAUGUCUAACAGUAGGAAAACCAGUCAUGUUUUUAUUGCAUAACAACAAUGCGUUGAUGAAUUAACUGGAUCACAAAUGUCUAGUAUCGCCGAUCUCUCAGGACCUCUGGAAUUAGCCUCUCUUCCGCGGUGUCGUUAAUGACGCAUGUUCGACCUUGUGGGGCAGGCCAGGAGAUACAUUGGAUCUAUAGGCUAAUAACAUUUCGCAUAUAGACAAUGGUAAAUGGAAUGAAUACACACUGCCAUCCUCCGGUAGUAGUUUGAUAAAUAAAACCGUUCAGGGGACAUAUAUAUAUAUCUAUACAUAACAAUUUACAAAUUUUAAAUGGAUUUUAUUCAAUUUCCUCAGCCAGCUUAACGUUAACCUCACUAGGAUUUAGUCCCUAGAGUACCGAAACACAGGUACGGUACCAGGCGCGUUUGACGUGAAUUCUUGGCACAAAGUUUGCGCCCGUGUAGACUCUAACUUCGGACGUGCAUUCCCGGUCAAAGGUGUACCAUUCUGCACUUGCAUUUCAGGAAGAAUUGUGUAAUAUGGGCUUAAAGGAACAAUGGGAGAAGACAAAAGCCGAGGUACAGACAAAGGGUUUCUGGAAGGGUGUAAGAUGUGAGUUUCUUGGAACUCUUUUGUACGUUGUGUUCGGUUGUGGGGCCGCCAUUCUCCGGAAUCACCCUAUCGAAGCUGACUACUACUAUUCGUACGAAACUAAGACUGCUGUUUCUUUCGGACUGUCCGAAUCUGUUCUUGUCCAGUCCUUUGGCCACGGAAGUGGCGGUCAUUUUAAUCCCUCUAUCACAAUCGCCAUGCUGUGUGCACGCUACAUAACCAUCGUGAAGGCCUUGACCUAUCUUCUGGUCCAGAUGAUCGGGGCAUUGGCAGGGGCCGGAAUCUUGUACGGACUGACCCCGGCCAAGUACCAAGGGACCCUCGGGGUGACAGUGCCACACAGAGACGUCGAUAAGGGGCAGGCCUUCGGGUUCGAAUUUCUAGCUACCUUCGUCGUGGUGUUUUGUUAUUUUUCUACACUGGAACUUAAAAAGGAUGUACUUGUGCCGAAGGCGCUCACGUGCGGACUAGCAGUGUGCCUUUCUCAGAUAUUUGCAAUAAGAUAUACCGGGGCUAGCAUCAAUCCUGCUCGGUCACUGGGUCCCGCCCUCAUCAUGAACAUUUGGACGGACCACUGGGUUUAUUGGGUGGGCCCGAUACUUGGCGGAAUGCUCGGAGGAUUUACUUUCGAAUAUACCAAAGAUUCGUCCAAACAAUUCCAAAGUUUUAAGUUUUCAUUGAAACAGAAAGUAUUCAGCCUACAGCGAAAAGAGGAAUGCGCCAGCACAAAUUCCAUAGCAACGGAACUUGCAUGUGAUCAUGACACGGCAACGGAGGAACUACAGAUAUGACGUCAUUUCCGCAACAGUUAUACUUUUUAUUGGUCAAUAACCUCUUCAGAAUCAAAUGACAUUUACCGUCUAUCAUGUGUUGACAUUGAAUAGUGAACAAUGUACAACGAAACGGAUUACUUCGCCAAUUUUAAUGACGAACAUUAUUUUGAUCCAUACUUCAUCGACUAGCAAUGAGUUCAUGACUCUUGAAUAUUUGUUUCAUGCAGUGACGAUUUCGGAUCCUUUUCGUCCGAUUAUGGAGCGUUAUUUGUUAAGUAAAUUGGCUGCAGUUAAACAAAACCCCACAAAUAAUGACGUAAUGACGCAACUAGAUAGCUACACCAUUCAUUAUUUUAAAAUCUUAUCCUUUUCGGUUCGCUCCAUCACCAUUUAAAGUGGUAAAUCCGCCGUUUCGUAGUUCGGCAAAUGUGUGGCCUCCUACAUAUGCAUAUGUUUAUACAAAUUCAUAGCCUAACAAAUGGAAAUAACUUUCGUAGAACGAUGAAUACUAUACA